AUGUUUCGCCGCAUUCUCGUGGCCAACCGCGGUGAGAUCGCCUGCCGCGUCAUCCAGACCGCCAGGCGGCUCGGCGUCGAGACUGUGGCCGUCUACUCAGAGGCGGAUGCGCGAGCCAUGCACGUGCGGAUGGCGGACGCGGCGUACUGCAUCGGCAGUGCGGCGUCGUCCGACUCGUACCUGCGCGGCGAGCGCGUGCUUCAGGUCGCCGCCGACUCGGGCGCCGAGGCGUCGGACGAGGAGGGGGCGCCCGCGGGCGCGCCGAUGCAGCUCCGCUUGUGGCGCGCCGGCGAGGGCGGCGCGUCGUACGGGUACCGCGUCGAGGGCGGCGAGGGCGGCGGCGGCGGCGGCGCGGACGGCUGGCAGCCGUCCGAGGGGCAGGUCGAGCUGGUGGAGGAGUCUGCCGCUGGGGCGAGCCGCACCUUCCGCGCGCAGAUUGGGGGCGAGAGCGUGCGGGGCGCGGCCUUCAUCGAGCGGCCAGCCACGGAUGAGCCCGCGCUGCGCGUGGCCGUCUCGGACGUCGCCCCCCCUGCCGCGGUGCGUGCGGCGGAGGCGGCGGCGUCUGAGGCUGGAGCCCUGCCACGGCCGAUUGUCCCGCCUAUGUCGGGCAAGCUCGUGCGGCUGCUCGUCGCCCCCGGCCAGCGCGUCGCGCCGGGCGAGGCGGUCGCGGCGAUGAAGAUGGAGCACACGCUCGUCGCCGCCGCCGAGGCGACCGUCGACGUGCUGCACGCCGCCGCGGGCGACGUCGUCGCGCAGAAGGCGCUGCUCGUCACGUUUGCCACCGAGGAGGCGGCGUGA